CGUCUGUGGGAGUGGGACCCAAAUCCCAUUCCCCUAAAUCCAGGGCUCCUACUCUCCAACGCUCCAAGCUCCAUCUAAUUUUCUAUCUCUAUCUCUCCUUUUUUUUUUCUUGUUUCUCCUACUUCCCCUCUCCAUUUCUGCAGAAGAACCAAAUUCCUAAAUCCUCGCUCCCCUCUUCGUGCUCGCAGGUUAGGUAGUUCAUGCGAAAUGCCUGCUUGGUGGGGGAAAAAAUCCACCAAGAGGAAUGCGAAAGACCCAAAAUCUCUUUCCCCAAAUUCUCCCAGUAGUUUGAAAAAUGAGAUUACAGAGAGAAGAGAGAGACCUAAGAGCUUCGGCGAGCUCUCUGGUAUGGAGGAAACCAGGAACUCAAGCAGAGCCAGUAGAGAUUUCCCUAGCGCCAGAGGUUCUUCUGGAUUCUCAGGCUUCGAUUCUCCUUCUUCCAUGGACAGAGGACAUCCGCUGCCGGAGCCGUCCGUGUCCCCUUCUUCUGUUGGAAAUGAUCACGGGGUAAGAUUUGCAUCUGGCUCUGAUUCUGGAUCUAGUGUUAGCUCUUCUGGCUCAUGUGAUGAUCAUAGCUGCAUCGCUCGUUCUCAGUUCUCCUCUUUCAGAGGGGGAAUUGGUGAUAGCCGGCAUAGUCCAGUCACACAAAGCCCUGUUCGUUCAAGGGUGCCUACAACCAGUUCUUCGCCUCUGCAUCCUCGGUCUGGAGGGGUUAAUUUGGAUACUCCAGCAGGAAGGUUGGAUGAAGGGAAGAGUGAAGGCCACCGGUUGCCUCUUCCACCCGGAUCUCCUAAUCAUCUUCUACCGGCUUCUCCUACCAGGCCUUCUACUUUGCCAAUUCCUAGAACUUGUGGUAUAGCUGAAGCCUCAACUGUUAAUCUAUCAAAAUGGAAAAAAGGAAGGCUUCUGGGAAGAGGCACAUUUGGCACGGUCUAUCUUGGAUUCAACAGUUUUGUAAGCAGAGUUCCUUUACCCAUUGUUUGGUUGGUGAUGAAUACAAAUGGCUACAGCCUUGCAGUAGAUAUAUGGAGCCUGGGCUGUACAGUUCUUGAAAUGGCCACAUCAAAGCCACCUUGGAGUCAAUAUGAAGGGGUUGCUGCAAUAUUUAAGAUUGGAAAUAGCAAAGACAUGCCUGACAUUCCUGAUCACCUGUCAACUGAAGCAAAAAGUUUUGUUAGGCUAUGCUUGCAGCGAGAUCCUUCUGCACGGCCUACAGCAUCUCAACUUCUUGAGCACCCUUUUGUUAAAGACCAAAUUCCAACAAAAGUUGCCCACAAUGUCAAUAUAAUCAAUCAAGUACAUCCGAGGAGUUUUGAUGGAAAUUGCACACCGCCGGCUCUGGAAUUUCCACCCAACGGAAGAAACACUGCUUCUCUUGAUGGAAGAGAUUAUUCAGUCAAGCCCGUGGUAACCAACUCUAGAGCCAUGACCAGUUCAGGAAGAGAGAAUGCAAAAGCUGUGACAUCAUUGCCCGUGUCACCAUGUUCAAGUCCUCUAAGACGUUAUGCACAUAGAAUCAGUUAUCUUUCUCCUCCACACCGAUCUUACCUUCAAAUUGGUGGCGAAAUAGGAAACAACCAUAAUGUUUACCCAACCUUUGAACCAAGAGCCAACAGAAGGAACAACUUACUGGAUACAUCGCUUGAGAUUCCACCCUACAGAAGAACUCAAACGCCAGGGCAACUGCAAUACCAGAUGGCUGGAUGGGGUUACAUGUUGGAAAUGAUACAGUCAAAUAUUUGGGGAAGCUUUGGAUGCCACCCAAACAAUUCUUCUCCAACUGGUCACAUCUCAUAAUUACUCCCACACUUCAACUAAUUACGGAUCAAGAUUAGCAUGUACGAAGCAUUUACGGCCAUUGCGAAGAAACUGGUACAGCUUAGUGGACAGGGAGUGACGACAAUAAUCGGAGGAUGAAUUCCCCCAAUGUUCCCUGCCCAAUUAUUUUUUUAGUGAGUUGUAAUUAGGCCCAAUAUGUUCUGAGAGGGUCAGAGUGAUGUAUACGCCCACAUGAAAAGAGUAUUGGGUAGAUAACCCGGAACUGAGGUCAAACCUUGCUUGCAUUGGAUUAUGGUUGAAGCUAGAUCAGAGAGACUGAGACAUGAUCUCCACGUGGCUGAAACCAAACCGGUCAGGUUUCAUAAUUAGUUCUACAGUUACACUAAUUACGGAUCAUGAUUACCACGUACAAACCUUGUACUAUAAACACGACAUUUGUUUCUCUGCAGUAUCAAACCCUCUUCUGAUAAGAAACGCAGCACAAAACAUUGUCUCUGUAAAUACUAUUUCUGAUCAUGCUUCUUAUAAUCACUUACUUUUCUUAAUUUUCUAUGGAUUUUACAUCCAUUAAUUGUUCGCGGCGUUGUUACUAGGCCAUUGCGACUUGCGAAGAAACUGGUAGACCUUAAGUGACAGGGAGUGACGACAAUCAUCGGAGGACGACACUAGGUUGCAGAAGUCCACAACGUUGGGCUUGCAGCAUUCACUUUCAGUUGCAUACAUGUUUCAUGUUCCACGGGUCACAAGCUAUUAAAGUUCUUCCGAUUAA